AUGGUAUGCCCUACCACUCGUAUCGGCCGCAAGAAGAAGAAGCAGGCUGGUCCCAACGCCGCCGCCAAACUCCCCACAGUCUAUCCGACCGCGCGAUGCAAACUGCGAUAUCUGCGCAUGCAGCGAGUACACGAUCACUUACUGCUGGAGGAGGAGUUCGUCGAAAAUCAGGAGCGGAUAAGAAAGGCGAAAGCGGCAAACGAGAAGCCAGCGGCCUCGGCUGGCGGCGAAGGAGCAGCCGACGACAGGAAUGCCGAUGAGCGGAGUAGAGUUGACGACAUGCGAGGCUCGCCGAUGGGUGUUGGAAACCUGGAGGAGCUGAUUGAUGAUGACCACGCCAUUGUGUCCUCUGCUACUGGCCCAGAAUACUAUGUCUCCAUCAUGAGCUUUGUCGAUAAGGAUCUCCUCGAGCCCGGCGCGUCAAUCCUGCUGCAUCACAAGAGCGUAUCAGUGGUCGGUGUGCUGACGGACGACGCCGAUCCCGCUGUUUCAGUGAUGAAGCUUGAUAAGGCGCCAACAGAGUCCUAUGCAGAUAUUGGAGGUUUGGAGACACAGAUUCAGGAAGUGCGGGAAGCUGUCGAGCUGCCACUCUUACAUCCUGAACUCUACGAAGAGAUGGGUAUCAAGCCGCCAAAGGGUGUCAUUCUCUACGGUGCUCCUGGUACAGGAAAGACCCUCCUCGCCAAAGCCGUUGCCAACCAAACAUCGGCCACCUUCCUUCGCAUUGUUGGAUCUGAACUCAUUCAAAAAUACCUUGGAGAUGGUCCACGAUUAGUACGACAGCUCUUCCAGGUUGCCGCUGAGAACGCGCCUUCCAUCGUAUUCAUUGACGAGAUCGACGCCAUUGGUACCAAGCGAUACGAGAGCACGAGUGGAGGAGAGCGCGAGAUCCAGCGGACCAUGCUGGAGCUUCUCAACCAGCUUGACGGUUUCGACGACCGUGGAGAUGUGAAGGUCAUUAUGGCCACCAACAAGAUUGAGACCCUCGACCCUGCCCUUAUUCGACCUGGGCGUAUUGACCGAAAGAUCCUCUUCGAGAACCCCGAUCAGAAUACCAAGAAGAAGAUCUUCACACUACACACGAGCAAGAUGAACUUGGCAGAGGAUGUGGACUUGGACGAGUUCAUCACGCAAAAGGAUGAUCUGAGCGGUGCAGAUAUCCGUGCCAUCUGUUCAGAAGCAGGUCUAUUGGCGCUACGAGAGCGGAGAAUGAGAGUCAACAUGGCAGACUUCCGAUCUGCGCGUGAAAGUGUGCUCAAGACGAAGAGCGAGGGUGAGCCAGAGGGCUUGUACUUGUAAGAGCUGGACAUAUGAAGGAGAGCGGAGAACGAAUGCAUAGCACGGCGCUCGCUCGCUGGCUUUCAGUGAGCAUUGUAUUACCACAGUAGCUAAUGUGCCUGCCUCGUGAGCCGGCCUGAAGCCAAUAGAGAUCAUGCAAAUUACUUCAAUAAGGCGCGUCGUUUUCUGU